CCGAAAAAACUUGAUUUAAUUGUAUUUAAAAUAAAAUUUCCAAAGAAAUAAAUCCUUCGAAUCUGCCUGUUCAGUUUCUGUUUGAAUGUGAAGGGUUACAUGAAAAAAGCUCGUCUGGCCCUCUAUGCGAUUCACAGAGGGCCCGCUAUAGUAAAACAACGAGAGAGUAAUGUCAAGUGACAGUACAAUUGACCAAUCAUAUCUUCCCUCUAAAUGGGAGGGCUUUAUUAUCGCGGACUUUAUGACAAGUUCCGCCCACUGCGCUGCCAAGUUUAUGCAUGUGAUAUAUCAACGGGUCAAGCUAGGCGGAAUUAGCAUACGUUCAUUCACGAUGGCUGACGUUAGUGAUAGUGAUGACAUCGUUGCGAAACUACUAACCGAGUCUUUUUCAAGAAUGAGUUACACGGAUAAAUUGGAGUUAAUUACCAAAGGGCGACCAACACCACAGCUUAAUUUGGUUCAAAAACCCAAACGGUUCGAGAGGCAUUUUAAUAUCGGCAAUUACGCCAGAUACAACUGGAUGACCGGAUCAACCAGGGAACACAAGCUGUACUGCUGGGAUUGCUUGCUUUUUGGAGCGGACAGUGGGUCAUGGGCCAGAGAUGGAUAUUCUGAUUUAGGAAGUUUAUCCAAAUCAGCACAUCGCCAUCAGAAUGCUUCAGGUCACCUCAGAGCUACUAUUCGGCUUAAAACAUUUGGGGACACCAGGAUAGAGCUCCAGCUGGAUGAGCAACAACGCCGGGGUGUCAUCCUUCAUAAUGAAAAGGUGAAGAGGAACCGAGGAAUUUUGAAACGCCUGAUAAAUUGUGUGGUGUACUUGGGCAAGCAGGAGUUGCCGUUCCGAGGUCACGAUGAGAGUGUAACUUCAUCAAACAAGGGGAAUUACAUAGAGUUGCUGGAUUUAGUGGCAGAAUAUGACAGCGACCUGCACACACACCUCGCCACAUCAACAGUAUUUACCGGCACAUCUUCAAGGAUUCAGAAUGACCUGAUCAGCGCUGUCGCUAGUGUAAUGACGGAUAGCAUGAAAGAGGAGCUGAGGAAGGCACCUUUUGUUGCGGUCAUGUUGGAUGAAACGACAGACAUUAGCAACGUGGCGCAGAUGUCAUAUGUGCUUCGAUAUGUCACUGACGAUGGGAUAAAAGAGCGUUUCUUCAAGUACGAAGAUGUGACAGAGGACAAACGAGCAGAGGCCAUAGCUACACGGCUGCUGGAGUUCCUGAGGGAGAGUGGCUGUAUUGACAAAGUGGUCGCGCAGUGCUACGAUGGAGCAGCUGUUAUGGCCUCUGGAUUGAAUGGGGUGCAAGCGAAAGUUAAGGAAACAAUUCCACAGGCCCUUUUCAUUCACUGCUAUGCUCACAUCUUAAAUCUCGUCUUGUCAAAGGGAGCUUCCAAGAUAAGAGAGUGUAAGGUCUUCUUCUCCCACCUCUCUGGCUUGGCCACCUUUUUCAGCCGCUCAGCAAAGCGCACCAAGCUACUGGAUGAUAUUUGCCAGCAUAGGCUUCCACGGGCAGCUCCUACUCGCUGGUGCUUUCAUUCUCGCUUGGUGUGCACAGUGGCAGAGAAGACCAGGGAAUUGAGAGAGGUGUUCGAGCACAUCGUAGACCAUCACACAGAGUUUGAUGACGAAACUGUUCAUUGCUCUGAUGGAUACAUCACCCUCCUUACCAGCUUCGAUUUCAGCUUUUGGUUGAAAACCUUCCACGCUAUCUUCUCCUACUCGGAUGUUGUUUUUGAAAUACUUCAGAACAAAGGUUUUGAUAUGCAGUUCUGCCUGGCCAGAGUGGAUCAGCUACAGCGACAAAUUGAACAGGAGAAGGGGAACUUUGACAGCGUCUACGAUGAAACCCAGGCUUUGGUUGGUCCUCCGCGCGGCCGUGGAGCUCAAGGAGACGUUCGUGCACGGUACAGGGAGCUCCACUGCAGCGUAAUUGACAGCCUGCUAACCCAGAUUUCCAACCGCUUCAGUGACCACAAAAAGCUGGAAUUCCUGGCCCUUCUGGACCCGCAACAGUUCGGGCAUUACUGUAACUAUUUCCCAACUGCUGCCUUGAACAGUUUGAUGGAGAGCUAUGGCGGAUAUUUCGACCAGCCUCGACUGCACACGGAACUCGCCGUGAUGUACGGCAUGUCUGACAUUUUGGGGAAAAGCCCAGCCGACAUUCAUCAGUUUCUCCUCAAAAAAGGACUGAGUGAAAGCAUGAAACAGGUGUACACCCUCUCAUGCAUCAUCCUGACAAUACCUGUGUCCACUGCCUCUGUGGAGAGGUCCUUCUCUGCGCUGAAGCGCAUAAAAAGCUACUCGAGGUCCACGACUGGGCAAGUCCGACUGUCAGACUUGGCCUUAAUUUCGAUCGAGAAGGAAUUGCUGAUUGCUUUAAAAGCAAAGGAUCAGCUGCAUGACGACGCCAUCAAGUUCUUCAUCCAAAAAGACAGGAGGAUGGACUUUGUGUUUAGGUGAUUUGAUCAUCAAAGGUAAGUCAAAGUGAUUUUCAAUGUGGGCCGCCGUGCCGACUUAAUUCAUUUGUAAUUGUUACU